GCCAGGGGUGCCAGGCAUGGCUGGUGCCAAGGGUGAAAAAGGAGACCAGGGCAAGCCUGGUGGAACCCCUAUGGACAGUUGUGACCGGUGUUUGGAGAGACUGCAGGCAACACAACCAUUGGGUGAUCGAUCCGUCACUGGAGGAGCUCCUGGAGCUCCAGGAAUGCCUGGACAACCAGGAUCCAAAGGGGAACCUGGCCCACCUGGUGAAAGAGGCACACCUGGAACACAUGGAAUAAUGGGACCUCCUGGUUUCCCAGGUACCCGUGGCUUAUCUGGUUCACAGGUAAUGCAGGUGGUGAGGGAGCAGAUCAUGCGAGCGCUCACUCUCAAGCCUAAUUCUCUGGACCAGUUCAAGAGUCGCCUGCAGAACCUGAGCUACACAGAGAUCCUGAAGAUCCGCCAGUCCGAGAGGAUGAAUCAGGAAGACUUCCAGUCCCGCCCCAUUUUUUUUCAGGGCUUUGACAAAGACAGCGAUGGAUUCAUCAGUUUAAAGGAGUGGAUCGACGGACUCGUCUUUCUUCGGGGGAAUUUCGAUGAAAAAAAUAAAGCCUUUUGUGUGUAUGACUUGAACCAGUUCAUCUCCUGAGAAGAGAUGUUUCACACGCUGAAGGACAGCCUCUUGAGACUGCCCACAGAGGACGACCCCGACGAUGGAGUCAAAGACCUGGUGGAAAUCACAGUGAGGAGGACGGACGCUGAUCAUGACGGCCUGGUGUCUGUAGAGGAAUUUGAAGCUGCAGUAAAAAAGGAGGACUUGCUGAUGGAGGCCUUUGGACCCUGCCUUCCCAAUGCUUUGGUAAUCACAAAUAAAAGCCUGCUCUUAUUUUUAAUUUCCAAGUCACAAACUCUCGGUCUUAUCUUUUCUUAUCUUCCAGAGUAUUGA